UUGAUUAUUGUGAUAUUAAUAAGAUAUUAUAAAAGAUGUUAAAAAUAAAAAGCUAAAAAGAUGUAUCAACAAAAAGUACAUCCGCAAAGGAGUUUGAUAAAAGAAGGCGUCAUACAAAUUGGUGCCGGUGGUUCUGCAGGCUUUGUUGAAGUUUGUAUAAUGCAUCCAAUGGAUCUUGUUAAAACACGAUUUCAACUUCAAGUUAGAAUGCAAGCAGCAGAUGCCACCUACUACACAGGAAUUAUAGAUUGUAUGCAUAAGAUGUGUAAAUCUGAAGGUGUUACUGCGCUUUGGAAAGGAUUGCUUCCGCCAAUUAUCGUAGAAACACCUAAAAGAGCAGUAAAAUUUUUUACAUUCGAACAAUACAAACAAUUCUUCUUAUUUGGUGCUGCGUCACCUAGUCCUUUGACAUUCUCAUGUGCUGGCUUUUUUGCUGGAGUUACUGAGGGUGUUUUAGUAAAUCCUUUUGAAGUUAUUAAAGUAAAACAACAAUCGAAUCGUGUUGGAAGACCUUCGACUGCUAUUGUAACAAGAGAAAUUAUAUCAAAAUAUGGAUUUGGAUUAAAUGGACUUUACAGAGGACUGUCUGCCACUAUAAUGAGAAAUGCUGUAUUUAAUUCUUUUUAUUUUGGAUUUUAUCAUUCUGUAAAAAAUUAUAUACCAGUAAAUAAAGAUCCUUUGCUCGAAUUUGGAACUAAGGUCAGUUUAGGUUUCGUGUCAGGAACGGUAGCUUCUUGUUUAAAUAUACCUUUUGAUGUAGCUAAAAGUCGUAUACAAGGACCACAAGGAAAUAUACAAUACAAAGGAACACUAAAUACUAUUUGUAUUAUUUAUAAAAAUGAAGGAUUUAAAGCUUUAUACAAAGGUUUAUUGCCAAAGGUAUUGAGAUUGGGCCCAGGAGGAGCUAUUAUGCUUGUAGUUUAUGAUUAUAUGCAUGUUUAUCUUACUGAAAAGUUUUCAUAUUGAUUUCUAAAUAUGAUGCUGU